UGAUUUGAGAAAGAACGGCGAGAGGAGAAGCAUUUUUCCAGAUGUGUGCAGAGAUCUAAGAGUGAGGGAGAAUAACAGAGACUAACUUACAAGGGGAGAAAUAUGGAUUCUAAGGACAGAAAGAAAAUCCAGUUCUCUGUGCCAGUGCCUGCUGCUCCUGGUCAGCUGGAUCCCAGAGCAGUGGAAAUGAUUAGAAGACGACGUCCAACACCAGCCACUCUCUUUCGGAUGUCAGAGCACUCAUCUCCAGAAGAAGAAUCUUCUCCACAUCAGAGAGUUGCAGGAGAAAAUGGAAUCCUAAAGACAAAAAGAAAUAACCCUUGUGUCUAUACACCACCGUCUUUAAAAGCCGUUCAGCGUAUUGUAGAAACACAUUUGCAGUCAAUCAACUCAGAAUCAGACAAGCUAACUGAUGACAGCCAGGAAUGUGACAGCAAUGAGGACAACACCCUGCCUGAGACUUCAGAUGUUGACAGCUGGGACCCAGAGUCAUCAUGUGAUCCGGCAAACGUGACAGAGGUGCCUACAGAAUGCAGACUGGAUUCCUGCAGUGACAGAGAUGACGAAUUCAAGAAGACAGGUACUCAAAAGCAUCAGGAGGAAGAUGAAGAAAAAUGAAUUCCCUAUUUGUAAAAUAGCACAGACUGUAUAAAUAACUAGCAGUAACCAAUAUCAAAGGGCAAUCUUUGUCUUAACAGUAGCUUAUGAUACAAAAUAAAUACCCUGCACUGAAACAGUC